CGAUUGAGUCUCGGGGCCGCGAGGAGGAGCGCAACGUUGCUGCUUAAGCCCACGAUUGGUCACAGGUGUGUGGCAGGAAGAAUGACUCACGGCGACCGCUGGGAGGCGGCGCUUGACUGAUGACCUACGCUUUUAUACCCAGUGUGGAUGGAUGGAUGGUAGGCAGGAUUGGGAUGACUUGACUCUACUACUAUGUACUAAUAGUUUAAUGACGGGCAAGAGGGGGGAUAAUCACUCGAUCUAUGCUAGUUCUGGUUUUGUUGACUGGGCGGACUGCUGCUGCUGUAGUGUAAUGACGCCUCUCACGCACAAAUAUUCCGUACACGAAUCAAAACUGAUUUUUUCUUUCUUUUUGCAUUGCAUUGCAUUGCAUGCGGACGGCAUGGUAUGGCAUGGUAUGGCAACGACUACUCGGGUCCGAAGAGGCGCGGUGGCUUGCAGCGUGCGCGUUUUAUAUAUCUGACUCACAACGGCGGUGUCGGAGAUACGAGAAAAAAGAAAUUAAUUAGAUGAUGGAUACGAAGCAUCGAACAUGGGUUCUUAGGUUGUUAUGAUGGAUU